AUGUCGAAGUUUGUUGAUCUGUUGACACAGUACAUAGACAAUUUGCAGGUAGAAGGUAAUUUUGCAACUGGACAAAUUGAUUCAGAUGAUAAAUAUACAGAAUUUAGAGCUGCCUUAAAAAAUUUCGGUUAUAGUUUUACGAUAAGGAGUUCUAGAAAAGAAUCAUAUUCUGGAAAAGGUAAAAAUUCCAAAGGCAAGACUGAUAAUAGUAAUGAUAAAGAUGAUGAUGACAAUAACACCAAAAAAGAAAAACAGUUACCAGGAAGAGGAAGUCUCAUGUUUAAAAGUAGUUCAGAUGUUUCAGUACCUUUUUUCGGUUCACCUUUUACAGUUGAAACGACUAUUUAUUACACAUGCUCACAGGGAAUUAAAUAUUAUGGUUCUAAACAAUAUCCGGAUGAAAUGUUUAGGCAAGGAGAUCCUUUAUCGAAAAAAAGGAGAAAACCUAAAAUAACUAAAAAAAUUGGUUGUCAAGCUAGAAUGACUGUUAAAAAAAUUAAAGUUUUCCCAAGUGAAGAUUAUUUAGUUUCGAGAAAUAAUUGGAGAGAGAAAAAAGUGGCCAUUGAUCAGUUAAAAAAUGAUUUUUUAAAUAAUAAACCUGUAGAAUCGAUUAAUCGUUAUUGUAUAGUAAUCUCAUUAGACAUAUCUCAUAAUCAUGAAGCGAAAUUAAAAAUUCCUAAAAAGCCAAAACAAAGACAAUUUGAUCCGGCAAAAAAAGUUUUAAAAUUACACGAACAAUUUCAAGAAGCUGUGGUCAUGUUAAAUUCAGAAUUAAUAACAAAAUGCACAAAUAUAUCAAUAUUGACAGGUUGUUGUAAUAGUUUGAAAAGUAUUAUCAAUCAACUCAAAGAUUCCAUAGCUAGAGAAGAUGGUGUUCCUAUAGAUUUAAUAACGGCUGCCAUUGAUAAAAUAACACAAAAACAAUUAAAAUCAGCUGCCACGUUAGAAAAGAAAAAUUUAGCUGCCGCUAAAAAGAAACAAUUUAAGACUGAAAAAUUAAUUAAAGUUGAACCGUGCGAAGAGAUAAAUGCAAACGCGUUCGUAGCAAAAGUAGAAAAUAACGAAAAUCAAAUCAUAGAACUUUCUAGCGUUAUGGAAGGAACUCAAGUCAUUUGGGAUCCGGUCAACGUAUCGUGGGUACAAGAUGGUCAAAUAAUUGUUCAAGAUGCCUCAGCGGCAGCAGCCGUAGCUGCUGCGGCCGCGACAACAACAACAACAAAUGCAAAUCCUCGACCAGUGAAAGAUUCUCAAUCGAUAUUAGUUCAAAGGAGAGCAGACGACGUAUCGAUAACGAAUGCGGUUACCGAUCAAAAUAUAGGCGUCAUAACUCCAGUGACGGGAAAUCAAAAUUACACGAUACUUCAACACGGUACGAACGUACAUUUGCCAAACAUCGGAGUGUCAGUGCCGUUAACGAUGGCAAAAGUCGUUCAUCCGACGACCAUACUCACGUCGAACGUGAAAAAAGCAGGGAAGAGAAACGACAUGGGCGUGACGGCCAUAGCCAUUCCAGCGGGAGUCGAAUGGAAUCAACAAAACUGGAGUCAAAUAACACAAGUCGUGGGAGGAGACGGAUCGACCGACAUUUAA